AUCAUUAAAUAAGAAGAUAAAGAAGAGAAGAGAAGAUGGCGCUGGCAUCUUCUGUGAGCCUCUACUACUCGAUAGUGCAGCGCGCCGCGAGGCACUACCUCGAGGACUACUGCCACACAGACACGACAGCGCCGUACGUUCUCUACAAGGAUGGCGUGGAGCGCGCGCCGCCGGGCACGCAGUGGGGCGGCGCGCUGGACGCCGGCUACCAGCCCAUGCAGCACCAGAGCCCCGGAGGCCCCUCCCCGCAGCCCGAGCCGCAGCUGGCGUCCCCCGCGCCCUCGCCCUACCCCCCCGCGCCGCCGCCCCCCGACCCAGCCCAGGACGACCCCAACCAGCUCGCGCAACAACAGCAGCAGGUCCAGCAACAGCAGCAGCAGCAGCAGCAGACCUCGCCCGAGCACAUGCAAGUGGAGCAGCAGCAACUCCAGCCACAAGAACACCUGGAGCGUGCGCCCUGCUUCGCGCCGCAGCCCGACCUCGGCCAGCAGUACUCCACGCCGUACUUCAAGGAGACCCGGCCCGGCCACAUGCUGGGCGGCGGCGGGUUCCCGCUGCACUACCUGAAGCAGGGCGGCGGCGUGCUGUCGCUGGAGCCCGCGCUGGAGCAGUACGCGCCGCACCUGCCCGACAUCGUGCAGCCCGAGCCGCCCAAGCCGCGCAAGCACAACCCCAACGCUGAACUGCGGCUGUUCAAGUGCCUCACGUGCGGGAAGGACUUCAAGCAGAAGUCCACCCUGCUGCAGCACGAGCGCAUCCACACGGACUCGCGGCCCUACGGCUGCCCCGAGUGCGGCAAGCGCUUCCGCCAGCAGUCGCACCUCACGCAGCACCUGCGCAUCCACGCCAACGAGAAGCCCUACGCCUGCGUGUACUGCCCGCGCUCGUUCCGCCAGCGCGCCAUCCUCAACCAGCACCUGCGCAUCCAUUCCGGUGAGAAGCCAUAUUCGUGCGGCGAGUGCGGCAAACAUUUCCGCCAGAAGGCCAUCCUGAAUCAGCACGUCCGCACACACCAAGACGUGUCGCCGCACCUCAUCUUCAAGAACGGCACGACGCCGACGCUGUGGCCGCAGGACGUGCCCUACCCGGACGAGAACAAGGAGGACAUCCAGGCGACGUUCGGCGAGCUGCAGGGCGACGCGGGGGCGGCGGGGGGCGGGCCGGGGGGGCCGGGGGGCGAGGCGCGCGGCGCGUGCUUCUCGCCCGGGGACGCGGCGCAGUACCCCGCCUACUUCAAGGACACCAAGGGGCUGAACCACGCCGUGUUCGGCUCGGGGCUGUCGCUGCAGUACCUGAAGGGCGGCAAGCUGCCCGACGUGUUGGGCGGGCGCGCCAUGCCGCUGUACGUGCGCUGCCCCAUCUGCCAGAAGGAGUUCAAGCAGAAGUCCACGCUGCUGCAGCACGGCUGCAUCCACAUCGAGUCGCGCCCCUACCCGUGCCCCGAGUGCGGCAAGCGGUUCCGCCAGCAGUCGCAUCUGACGCAACAUCUGCGCAUCCACACGAAUGAGAAACCGUACGGCUGCGUGUACUGCCCGCGCUUCUUCCGCCAGCGCACGAUCCUCAACCAGCACCUGCGCAUCCACACGGGCGAGAAGCCGUACAAAUGCACACAGUGCGGCAAGGACUUCCGCCAGAAGGCGAUCCUGGACCAGCACACUCGCACGCACCAGGGCGACCGGCCGUUCUGCUGCCCGAUGCCCAACUGCCGGCGGCGCUUCGCCACCGAGCCCGAGGUGAAGAAGCACAUCGACAACCACAUGAAUCCGCACGCGGCCAAGCGGCGCGCCGACAGCAAGCCGCGCGCGCUGCCGCCCGCCGCCGCCGUGGUCAAGCCCGAGCUGUACUUCCCGCAGUGCUACGCCCCGCCCUUCCAGCAGUUCCCGCCCGCCGAGUUCAAGCCGGGCGCCUGUCUGCCGGCGCAGUGACCCUGGCCGCCCGCGCCGCCCCACGACCUGUACCCGACCUACUCCUAGGCGCACGACUCGUCGGCUUUAACGCAAGUAUACGACUCAAUACGACUACUGAAACCGGAUCGCUGUAAACCACGCUUCGAUCUGUACAUAUAGAGAUGAUUUAAUGUAUAUUCUAGAGGGAUGUCUGUCGCAAAUGUACAGUUAUGAACUCUGAAUGAAUAGUGUUACCGUUAACGGAAGCGAGCGAGCGUUUUGCUCCAUAAUAAUUAAGUUACCAAGUAAGAACUAGGUUUCUUACUCGAGGAUUAUUCUAUUAGAUCGACGAUCGGAGUUUGAGACCUGAACGAAUCGAACCACUUAAAACUCUGUUGAAAUAAGAAAUGAAAUUUUACCACAUAAACCAUAUUUCGCGAUGAAUGCUUCCGGUACAUGAGUGUGCCUAUUUGUAAUAUAAUACUAGAUGUUAUUAAGUUUAUUUUAUUUAGGAUUAUUAAGGGAUAAAAUCUGGCAAACGUUUGGGAGGGUAAGGAAAGAUGUGCUCAAAAUAAUACUUAACUUUAAUUAAGAUUUGAAAUUUAAAAUUAUUAAAAGUGAGUGAAAAUCUUUUAGAAGACGAAUUGGAUGUAGAUACCUUUAUUGAAGAAAAUACUUUGAACAUCACAAAAAGUAACGAUUUAACGUGGAAGCAGACCAAAAACAUAGGUUACCUUUUGCCAUCAAUGAAACAUUUUUGUUAAAAAGUAUAUUUAAGUAGAAACAGACUUUUUUUACAAGAUGCAUUUAAGUGAUUUACUAUUGAGAUUAGACAUCGUUGUAAUACAAUAGUGCCAAAUAACGUAGUAUUUUUUUUAAUUCUACCAGCUUAUUAUUAAAGUUGGCCUAAGUUUAGAUUGUUACCAGUGUUUUCAACGAUGUGACUGUACGAGAUGCAUUUACGAGGAAAGGGUCAGACUGAGAAAGGACUGUGAUAGCUAGGUAAGUUUAGAUGUCUAUUCGCUCACUUAGCAUAAAACUUUCGUCAUUAUUAAAUCAAAAUUUAUCAUCUUUAUCGACGUAAGCGUCAAUGACAAGAAAUACUAUUAUUUUUAUAAUCAUUUUGGUUAAUCGAUUGGAUAGUUCUUUUUAAAUUUUGCAUUAGAGACGGAUGCCUUCUAUUUCUUCGACUGAUUUGAUAUAGUAAGGAGACGAGUGAGAUUUAGCGAAUUUACCAGUUAGGUGUGAUGCGGAGCGUAUGACGUGGACUGGGUAGUUAGAUGGGUAUGCGGUAUACGCCAGAAUUAUUAUCUUGUUUCUAUUGUAGUGUAGAGCCCCCUCGAAUUACCAUGACAUUCGAUCAUUCAUCGCGAAAUAACCACUUAGAUGUUAAGAGACUAAAGAUAUUAUAUUAUGCAUUUGUGGGUGUCUGCUGGUGCCCUGGUGACGCCUGCGUCCACUGUCGCGUCCAGCCACUUACAAAGCUCAACUCAAUUUUAAGUAUACUCAGAGAGACAUAUCAAAUAUGUCCGGACGAUCCACGAUCGAACAACAGAACAGUCUGACAGACUAUAAAUGUACGGCCUUACCAGGACGCUUCAGCAGACAUUUGGACGUUUUAUUAUCUAUGUUUGUAUCUAUAUAAACGAUCUAGCUUAUUUUAAUAUAUCAUUGUGAUGGUUUCGUUUUCCUACCGCAUAAUAUGAACUGUUAUGUAUACUUAUUAACUACAUAUUUAGGUUAUAGACGUGUGAAUUUGUGGAGUCACUCUUGGAUACCAUUUAUGAUAUAUUUUAUCACUUUAAAGUGACGAAUGCAAUAUUACGUUUAGAGCAUUUUACAAGUUACUUUUACGAAUAAGAUUCUCGUUGGACAGUUUACUAAAAUUUAAAAGGAGUCGAUUAUUAACGUCACUGUUGUAACUUUGAAUUCAAGAUGGCCGCUUUCGCCGCCAUCUUACUUUUAAAAUGGCGUCAGGGACGUUAACAAGAGAUUCAAAUAAAUCCGUCAGCAUAUUUCAGUUUCCGGAUUCUGUUUCCUAUCAAACUUUUGGAGGUUUACAAACAAAAAACACCUAUGAAUUAAAUUCGAAAACUAAACUGUAUCUUCCGUGACAUUUUCCACAUUCAUAUAGACAAUGUGACCCUCCGCGGCCGCCGCGCACCGCCCCGCGCUCAGCAAUGCAAUAGCAGUUCUAUUAUUAUAGAACGAGGGUUCAGUUUACAUAUUUUUUAAGAAAUAAGUAUUUUAUACAGCCUUAACACAAUAAUAGGAUAUUUUUAUACAGAGUACAGUAUGUUCAUUAUAUUUACUAUAAGGAGCGCGGGGCGGUGCGACGGACGGCCAAGUUUGAAUACAAAUACAUACACAAAUACAACACAGUGCCAUAGCCAAGAUAUAACCUCAGAUUUAUAUUAGAUUUUUAUACCAAUACAAAUGGAUUUAAUUUUUAAAUAUUACAAAGGUGAUUAAGUAUACAGAGAUUACAGAUGAUAUUUUAUACAUUUAUUACAAACAAUAUUAUUAAAGGUAAAUGUGAAAUAGUCUUAAUUAGUGUGGUAAACGCGACUUUAUAAGUACUUAUGUAUGGAAAGACAGAUCUGUAAGUUGCAAAGGUGGCUGCUACACUGUGAUGUUUGAAUUAAAAAUAUUCAAAUUUCGGUUACAAAAUUACAAUUUAAAAGGUUUUGAGAUGACUAACCUACUUCAAUAUUACCGCAUUUUGAAAUAUGGUAGGUACCGGAUGUCCUUAACUUUUCACAUACACGCAGCCAUCUUCAAAUAUACGUUUUAUUGAAACAGUGUUUUCUACGGUGUUUACUUUCCGUGCAUGGUAAAUGUAAAUACAUAUCACUGGCAAAAUACAGGCCGGCAGUGUCUGGUUUUAAAAAAUUACAUAAAAAAAUAAAAGGCAAAAAUUCACGAUUGUAAUCUUAGACUUUGGUUUUGCUCAUGGUUUGUUAAGUUUUGCUCAAUUUAACCUAUUUACUUUUAACGUUAAAAUACCUAUUAAUUGUACUUGUAUUCUUUAUAUGAUAUUCUUUAUAGACAUGUUUUGUAACAUACAAUUUAGAAAGAGCACGGUUUUGCUUUUCUUAUGGAAUUAUUGUUAAGUAGCGAUCAACUACUAAUUAUUGUCGUUGACUUAUGCUUUUUCACUAUUUAAUCUUACGGACGGAACAUAUGUAUGCUCAGUUAAUGAAACAGAAUUACCUGAUAAGGUUCAUUAUCUUUAAGUAUGUGAGCCGUCCAACCGUUAGUUUCUAAUCUCCUUUUUAACAUUGUAACUUUCGUUUGCUUCAUCAUUUAACUCAUGAUUCCCCUCAUUAAUCAAUUAACUACCAUUUUGUAAACAUACUACUAAUUUCAUAUAACAUCUAACAAUAUCGCAUUGAUACUUUAUAAUUUUAUCUAACUCUCAUUUCACUCCAUUUUAAUCUUUUGCUCUUCGUGUAACAACCUAAUUUUGUUUAAUUAAGUUAUUAUAACAAAUAAUAAAGAGGAGAGAAUAAGAUUGCAUUGUGAAAUAAAAUAACUUUGCAUAAAUAUUAUAAACAUUUAAAAUAAUACUUAUAUCAAAAUGAAAGUCAAUUGUAUUAAAUACAAUUUUUUGGCAAUGUAUGUAAUGCUUGACCAUAGCUUAGCUUGGUAACAAAAUUAGUAGACUAGUUAAGUAAAAUAGUUGAGUUUAACGUAAUGGAAGCAUUUCUCAAAAAACCCUUUAAUUUGAAAUUAAAAUGCAUUUAAUGUGAUCUCAUGGCUGACAAAUUGUCAAAAUGUACGAUUGGCGAUGUCGCAUACAAUGUACAUUGUAAAUACUUCUUAACUGCUAAACAUCUUGGUGAUCUGACCAAUAUAGGUAGUAGGUCUCGAGUUAAAAUUUUGUCGUAUUUCGUCAAUUCGUCGUAAGAAAAUAUUAAUUAGAUUACAGUUUUGGUAUUCUCCGAUUUAAAUUAUGUAGUUACCCGGUAAGGUUACGAAGUAUUUACGAUAUUUGUUUUACUGAAGCCACCUGUGUCAGUGGUUAAUGCAUGAAUGAAAGGAUGCCAAUUUACUGUGUGUGAUUUUGUUGUUUUAUACAAGAGUUGGCUACGAAUUAUUUUAACUGUCUUCCAUUUUUGCAGAAUAGCUCUCUUAGUAUUUUAUAGUGUUCAUAUCACGAUAUAACCAGUUUAUAUUUUAAUGGCCUUUGUGUAGGUUAUAUAGUUGUUUUUUUAUUGUAUUUGACUUCAAGUAAAUAGGAAGUAUAAAUCUAUUUCUGCAGCUGCUGCAGCGACAGUGCAAUAAUGUUUUAAUUUUCGGGAAUGCAAUUUGUUUUAGAUCGUAGGUCAGAUAAUUGGUAGCCAACAGACGGGCCUAUUAUAAUUUGUAAUGUACGAAGUAUUACUGUAUUAGUGAAUGAACACUGCCGCCUCGCCGACUGGCCUCAGAAAUAUUUUACAGAUAAACAAAGGUUUUUUUUAAACACAAUAGAGACUUGUUGAAACUUGACAGUUCCGCGGUAAAAUAAGUGUUGUUGAAUUUUUUAUAAAUGAUAAACAUAUUAGAUAUGAUCUUGUAGUCUGGAUUGAGUUAUCUACAGAUUUUAUUGACCGCGACAUUUUAGGUUAACGUGGGUGCCGCCUUCGCGCCCGCAGACUCUACAGUUCCACACAUAUUUUCACACCAAUAUAGUACAAUACAAGAUGACAGAUUUUAUAAUAUAAUAUAACACAUAUACAAUAGAUAUUUAAAUAGAUUUUUUAUUUUUUUUGCGUCGAAGGCGGUAGUUCGGCAAGUUGGUUUGAUUACACAUGGGUGCUGCUAUUAUAAUUAGUUGUACAUAUUAUUGUAAUAUACAACAAUAGACUGGUAAUUUUACAUGCUGUUGUUAGGUUUCUACAAAGUUAUGAGCGGGCGCUGUUCGACGAUUUUCUCCGAAUCUUUUCUUACACUUAUUACAUAGAUGUUGUCCACAUAGUUUAAUUUCAAUGUGACACUAUGCCUAUUUGUUUAUAAUUACCUAGUUCCAGCCUUUUCUCCUCUUAAACAAUAGCCAAAUAUAUUAUCUCUAUAAAUAUAACUCAUAGUAAGGUCCAACAAGUUGUCAACAUGUUGGAGGCCUGAAACUAACUGGCCAUGAGUUACCCAUUUAUGUUAUUGAAUGUUAUGUAAAUGUAAAAUAAGGCCUAAUUUCCAGCGAACCGUCAGCAGCGCCCUCUAUAAAUGUUAUACAACAGAGUAUAUUUUCCUACACACACACACAGAUACACCGAAAUAGACUAUAUUAUUCAUUUUAGACAAUCCCAGAAUACAAGAUCGCACUUUUUACACACAACAAAGAUACCAGUUUCAUUUCAUUUCUUACAAUAGAUUUGUUUACAUACAAAAACUUGAUUGCAUAAUGGUCACAAGGAUCAGGCGAAAAAUUUAAAUGUUGGCAUUUAAAAAAGUGAAGAAAAUUCGAGAAAAUUGUAAAUAUAUUUAGUAUACGUUCUUCCAAAAUGAUAUAUCAGUAUUAAAUACAAAAUUCAACUUUGAUUAGGUCAAAAGUGUAUGUGUGAUCGAUAGGAAAUUUUGAUAAUUAGAAUUAUGUUUGUAAGUGUAUUUUUUGUAUUAGUUAUUUUAUAGUUUUAGAUUUUAAUCGACUUUGUCUUGAUCUUGCCUAGAUUUGCAUUUACUUUAGUUAUGUACCUAUUAUAUGUUUUGAAGUUGAUACCAUCGUAUUUAUGUAUAUUAUUAUUAUUAUAUUAAGGGUUUUGUUUGUUUUUUUCGUCAUUUAAUAGAAGUAAAAUGUUGUAAAAAGUAAGCUCGUUGUAUUUUAUCAAAUAAACACUUUUUAGUCCAACUGAAGCAA